AUGAAUGGCGACGGCCAGCAGCAGCCCGGACCAUCAAAUACCCUACCAUGGACUCCUCAACCGGCGCUUGCCGAUAUAUUGCUUCUGAAUCCCGCCUUCCUCGAGCUUCAACGACAACUGAUCGCCCAGCAAACUGCACAAUUUCGUGUCCCGUUUCUUCCACCUCAGAUGGCGUCGUCGAUGGCGUUACCAACGCUUCGUCAACAGAUGUCAUCACAAAUGCCACAAAUGCCGCCAAUGCCGGGUCCGGCUGGUCCGACGCUUCCGGCACGGCCAGUUCCACGGAAGCCAUCGGUACCAACGGUACACGGAACAGCAGGAGUCAGUGCUACAUCGCCGACGACAUCCACUCGAAUAAACGGGUCGCAGUUUGCUGUACCACAUGAUCCGGCGGUCAGGAAGGUGCCAUUCCCGCAGUGUCGUCCGAGCACGUCUGCUGAGAUGGACAAGCCAGCAAUUCAACCGAAAUCGCCUGAAUUUGAGAUGGGCAGAAUGCCAACAAACAACUACAUCCCAUCUCAUUUCAUGAAGGGCACGUUGAUCCAGAUGGCUAAUGGAAAAUUGAAAAAGGUUGAAGAUAUGUCAUCGGACGAUUUUCUGCUGGCCGCCCCACUUAGCAAAGAGUUCAAUGUCGAUGCGAGUGUUGUGUUGGAGAUCUCCAAAGCCACAACGUUGGCUAGGGUGAAGUUCGCGGUAGGGCAGACGCAGUACGAAGUAAGUAACGUUAACAAUAAUAGUUGA